CAGUUCGAUCCUUCAUUUCUUUAGGCUGGCAGAAAUUAUUCAUAAAUUGACUGAAAAUUCUUAUUCACAACGAAUCUAUAUUAAUGGUGUACUUGUAGUGCUUUUUAACAGUGGUCUGGUACUCACUGGUCGGCCUUGAGCAGCGAUUAAGUUACGAAAAUGGCUUCAAGAGGUGGUGUUAUGGUAACAGGUACGAACGGCGCUGACUUCGAACACAGGGAAAAAAUAGCGGCUCAGUAUCAAAUAAGUGCACUGAACAAAUCUCGGCUGAAGUACUGUGUGUUCUUUCACCAUGUAUUGUUCUUGGUUAUGAUUGCCAAGCUCUCUGCAGACAUCCUAGACAAACUUGAUAUAUUCAUACUGGAGAUUGAGGAACUACAGAUACCACAGCCCCUCUGGUGGGAGUACAUAUGGUGCCUGUCCCUUCUGCUGUCAUUUCUGGGCCUAUCUGCCAUCAAGCGCAACAACAUCCGGCAGCUGCGGCGCUACAUGUAUGGCAUCGGAGCACUGGGCUUCGGGCCACUUCUGUACUGCAUUAUUUACUACUGUGGGGAUGUGUGGCGGUAUCUUUCUAGGGAUGAAGAUGAAGAUGACAGCUCAGAGGUGGAGGUAGAGCUGUGGCAGGGUCUCCCGUAUGGCCUGCUGUGGUACGCGUUCGUGCUGCUGGCGUCGCAGGUGCACUUCUUCCAGCUGUACUUCUCCAUGAACCUGUUGAAGGCGUGGCGCGCGCGCGGCGCGCUCAGGAAAGCCGAAUAGGGCUCAAGGUGUUAGUGUGUGUGGACUCUCCGCGACUGAGGGCAUACCGCGAAUACCGAUUUUCGAUAAUUGCGGGCAUCUUCUCUUCUCUUUUACCACAAUAAGGUAUUUAGAGAGGCAGAAAAAGAUGCUCGCAAUUAACGAACUUUGGUGUUAGCUGUAGGCUUUCUGGACAGGUGAUGGCUCUAGUCACGCCACGUGUUGCUCGACCGGGGGUCCGGCGGACAGUCUUACUUUACCAGGGCUGCCACUCCGCUGGGAACACUCACUUAACACCAUACUCUAGGUAAUGUCUACUGACAGACAGAUUUUUGGGGUCACUUUACAAAUUUUAAUGUGUUAGUCCAAUUGUCCAAUGGAUAUAUUGUCAGUAGUUAGAUUUUCUAAUUGUCGUUCCAAAAUAAGCGUUAACUUAAUGCUAUAGUCAUCUUAUUUGGGAGUGAUUUAGACAGAGGUGUAAAAUCUGUUGUAAAUAUUUAAGGAAUGUCUUAAAAUCUGUUUGUGGCAACAUUGAAUUGUAAGCUCUUCUUGUCUAGUUGUGAAUCUCUGGUUGUAUUAUAUAGUGUUAAAAAAACUCUAAUUUGAAUCAUGUUAUGGUACAAUUAUAUUCCGCCAGUGAAGAGCGCUCCUAGACGUGAUACAAGUUUAUGUGACCAUUAAUGUGUUAGUAUUAUCAUGAGGAGUAUGCAUAUGCAACCUUUGUGAAUCCGAUAAAACUGUCAUGCUGACUAAAUAAUUACCAACUAUAUCAUAGGUGGCUGACAGUUUACUGAUCCGUGUGUGGUGGACUGAUCUUACUGAUUUUUGAUCCGACGACUCACGGGUUGUACACCUUUUGAAGGACACAUACCUACUGCGAAGGGGCAACUCCAAGUGACGUAAACUCAUGUAACACUUGAAAGGUCGUACUGGAUAUAACUGAUAAUUACCUUAAAUCAUCAGUCAUUCGUAAGCAAUUUUAAAUCAAAUGUAUGAUAUUAUAUGCACUGUCUCUGUCAGUACACAUUCUAUAAUUCCCAGA